AUGAUAAUUAGUCUGAAAAGCAAGCUAUCGGAUGACAUUAAGUCUCUGUACGAAGAACCACGGGACGCCGAUGUUACGAUACAAGUUGGAGAGGGUUCAGUCUCCAAAAUAUUUCGCGCACACAGAUUAAUCUUAUGUGCGCGUUCGCUGUAUUUUAGCAGAGAAUUAUCUUACGAUAACGAGGAUACCUCGAUCGAAAAAAGUUCGUUUGGAAUGAUAAUUGAACAAAUUCAGCCUUCGACAUUCGAAAUUUUACUCGAGUAUAUAUACACGGGAACCAUUGAUAUGAACGAUGACUUUAAUUUAUACCUUGCAACCAUCGAUGCAGCAUAUUAUCUGGAGCUGAAUUAUCUAGCAGAGGAAAUUCAAGUCUGCUUAACAAAGAAAGAAAAUCUUAUGCGACGGCAUAUCGUACGUGCCAGUAGAGAGGCCUCAAGCCGAGAGAAUUUGAAAAUUCUUGAUGAAUUUUGCAAAGAAUUCAUUGAAAAUUCGCCAGAGGUUAUAUUUGCAGCGGAAGAUUUUCAAGAUAUAGACGAGGCAACUUUGGUUAAACUAUUAAAACGAGAUAUCGAUUUAUCGGAAGAUGUAAUAUGGGAACAAGUGCUGUUGUGGGGCACUUCAAAAAGACCGGAUUUAAGACUUGAUGCUGUAAAGACCUGGUCUGUGGCAGACUUCGAUUAUAUGAGGAAGGUUUUAAAAGACUGUAUUCCGCUCAUAAGAUUUUUCCAUAUAAACGAAAAUGCAUACUUGGAAAAAGUUUUACCCUUUCUUCCUCUACUGCCAUAUCAGUUAUGGAUGGAUUUAGUGACAUUUAAACAAACUUUUGGGCAAUAUAAACCAAUUUCAACCGUAUUACCGCCCAGAAAUAGAAAGGUAUCAAGCAGUCCGGAUCUAAGCGAAGAAAGUUCACGUGAUCGGACAUGCCACUUGAGCCCGGACAUUAAAGUCCAGUACGAUGAAGAAAUCGAAGAAAUUGAAGAAAUGGAAGAAAUCAUACAUUACGAUGGCCUAGUGUCAUCGAUUCUUACGCCCAAACAAAAACAGUGGCUAAUGCAACAAGUAGCCUUGAGAUUCCGCAGACUCUAUGCGAUAGGGGGAGCUAUCAGAAUCAAGGCUACGCGCCUUUAUAUCGGUAGUGUAUACGAUUAUAGACCGAAAAAGUUCCAUAAAUAUUGUGAUGAACAAGGACCUACUCUUUCGGUCCUUAGCAUUAAAGGAGAAAAUGAUGAGAUCAUUGGAGGAUACAAUUCUUCGGAUUGGAACAAAAGUGGAGCAUUUGCAAGGGCUCCGGAAAGUUUUAUAUUCGCGUUACGCGACAAUGGAAAUAUUAUUAGUUGUUGCAAUGAUAUUAAUAGAGCUAUAUAUAAUAAUGCAUGUUUUGGGCCGAGCUUCGGCACGAGUGAUCUAAUACUUCAGCAUAAGUUCUCCUUAAAAAAUUGUAGUGCAAAACAAUCGUCGUAUUCUAAACCCAUUCGGGAAAGUGAAGAAGCUUUUGCUGUUGAAGAGAUUGAAGUAUUUAAAAUAAGCAUUUAG